AUGGCCAGCUCCUGUUGUGGCUCUGUCUGCUCUGAGGAGGGCUGUGGCCAAGGCUGCUGCCAGCCCAGCUGCUGUAGGACCACCUGCUGCCGCCCCAGCUGCUGUGUGUCCAGCUGUUGCAGACCCCAGUGUUGCCAGUCUGUGUGCUGCCAGCCAAGCUGCUGCUGCCCCAGCUGCUGUGCGUCCAGCUGCUGCAGGCCACAGUGUUGCCAGUCUGUUUGUUGUCAGCCCACCUGCUGCAGUCCCAGCUGCUGUGUGUCCAGCUGCUGCAGACCUAGCUGCUGCCAGUCUGUGUGUUGCCAGCCCAGCUGCUGUCGCCCCAGCUGCUGCCGCCCCAGCUGCUGCAUCUCCAGCUGCUGCCAACCAUCUUGUGGUGGUUCUAGCUGCUGCAGCCCUUGCUGCCACCCCUGCUGCCGCCCUUGCUGCCGCCCCUGUUGCCGCCCCUGCUGCUGUCUGAGACCAGUCUGUGGUCAGGUCUGCUGUCAAACCACUUGCUAUCGCCCCACCUGUGUCAUCUCCACCUGCCCCCGCCCCAUGUGCUGUGCCACCUCCUGCUGCUGA